AUGGCUACAGUUCGUAUUAGCGUCUGCGGCGACGAAGGCACUGGCAAGUCCAGCUUGAUCACCUCCCUGGUCAAGGGUGUCUUCGUCACCAACAAGAUCCAGCCCAUUUUGCCUCAGAUUACGAUCCCUCCUACCAUCGGAACCCCGGAGAAUGUCACCACGACAACCGUCGUCGACACCUCCGCCCUCCCGCAAGAACGAAACAACCUGGCGCGCGAGAUCCGCAAGUCCAACGUGAUCCUGUUGGUCUACUCUGAUCACUACAGCUAUGAGCGCGUCGCGCUCUUCUGGCUACCCUAUUUCCGAUCGCUGGGUGUCAAUGUCCCCGUUGUGCUGUGCGCCAACAAGUCAGACCUCGCCGCCAGCCACAACGAGGCGCAGGUGAUUGAGGAGGAAAUGCUCCCUUUGAUGUCGGAGUUCAAGGAAAUUGAUUCUUGCAUUCGUACAAGUGCCCGCGAGCAUCGGAACGUCAAUGAAGCUUUCUUCGUUUGCCAAAAAGCAGUCACGCACCCAAUCGCCCCCCUUUUCGAUUCCAAGGAAGCCGCUCUAAAACCCGCCGCCGUCGCCGCACUCCAGCGCAUUUUCUACCUCAGCGACAAGGAUCGAGAUGGUUAUCUCUCGGAUAAGGAAAUUGCGGACUUCCAAACGCGAUGCUUUGGCAAGCCUCUCAGCGAGGAGGAUCUGGCACAUAUUAAAGAAACCAUCCAACGGAGCUUCCCGGACUCAGUGAACGACUCCGGCAUUGACUGCCCUGGUUUCAUUCAUUUAAAUAAGCUUUACGCGGAAAAGGGUCGACACGAGACGGUUUGGAUUAUUCUACGAGCAUUCCAGUACACCGACAACCUGUCCCUGCAAGAAAACUUCUUACAUCCCCGGUUCGAAGUCCCGCCUUAUGCAUCGGCAGAACUUUCCCCGGAAGGGUAUCGCUUCUUUGUGAAUCUGUUCCUACUAUCCGAUAAGGACAAUGACGGUGGUCUGAAUAACGCCGAACUGGCGUCCUUAUUCGCACCGACCCCUGGGCUGCCCGCAUCUUGGGCCGACGGUUCGUUCCCUUCUUCAACUGUCCGCAAUGAAGCCGGCCAUGUCACACUCCAGGGAUGGCUCGCGCAAUGGAGUAUGACGACCUUCAUGUCUGCCAAGACUACACUAGAGUACCUGGCCUACCUCGGUUUCGAAUCAUCUGACCGAAGUAAUCCUUCCAUCACAUCGGCGUUGAAGGUGACGCGACCGCGCAAGAGAAGGCGGCGCCCGGGACGCGUCGGACGAAAUGUAGUUCAAUGCCACGUUUUGGGUGCUGCCGGAUCAGGAAAAUCUGCUCUUUUGGACGCACUGCUGUCCCGUGGAUUCAGCUCGACAUAUCAUCCCACCAUUCAACCCCGUACAGCUGUGAAUACAGUUGAGCUACCUGGCGGGAAACAGUGCUAUCUGAUUAUGGACGAGCUAGGCGAACUGGAGCCCGCCAUUCUGGAGAACCAGGCGAAAUUACUGGACCAAUGUGACGUGGUCGCCUAUACAUAUGACUCGUCUGAUCCGGAUUCGUUUGCGUAUAUACCCGCGCUGCGAGCCAAGUACCCCCACCUGGAAGAAUUGCCUAGUGUGUUUAUUGCACUCAAGGCCGACUUGGACCGGACCACGCAGCGGGCGGAGCAUCAGCCCCAUGAAUACACGGCGAUGCUGAACAUCCCUACUCCCCCUCUUCAUGUCAGUGUAACCUGGAAUUCGAUCCAGGAGGUCUUUGUCCAUAUCGCGGAAGCUGCCAUGGAGCCCAGCACGGCGUUCCCGCGCAGUGAAGAGGAUGUUGAAGGGAAAUGGAUGUCGUGGGGUAUCGCGUUGGGGGCGGUCGUCUGUGCCGGGGCCGCAGCAGUGAUGAUCUGGAGACGAGUGGGCAGUGGGCAAUGA